GUUUACAUUUGGUUCACAGACGGUUUCCUCAGUGGAUUUUGGGUUUUGAAACUUUUUGCUGAAGCUUGUUUUUAGUUGUUUGCUGAAGAUAUCCACAGUCAUGGAUAAAAAUUGUGACACAGCAGAAAAUGUUGCUUCAUCAAAGGCAUAUGUGCUCUGUGAGAUGCCAGCAGAGUGGACUUCUCUGCCCGUGCAUGCUGAUCCUGAGUCUUCUCCAUCUCCAAGCAAAAUUGCAGUUUAUAGAAAGCGAGGACGAAAACGAGCACUUGUUUAUGAAGGUUACAUUUGUCCACCUGCUCAUAGAAACGUGCCUAUGUCAAAACUGCAACCACCACCAAGACAGGAAAGCUUUGGGAUGAAGUAUCAAAGACUGAUGGAGAAGAUCAGGGCUGAGGCUGAAGCUCAGACUAAAAUCACCUUAGAACAACAAAUGAACAAAAAUUCUUCAACAAAUGUUGUUGUUGCAGAAGAAGAGCCAAGUAUCAUGCCAGGCCAUGAAGACAGUGCUGAUGAAUCAAAACUUCAGAAAAAAGAAGAGGCUAUAGCCACCAGUGAAACCAACACUGAUUGUCCACUUCCUCUAGUAACCUUUGAAAGGAGAGAGAGUUUGCUCCCAGCACCAUCUGUAAGUGGGACAGAAGAGGUUCUAGAUUGUUUCGAACCUUUGGAGGAUACAAGGGAGGACACAAGGGUGAAAUACACUGGAGUAUACAGUGAAAACAGCAAUUAUCCUCUUCCUCUAGAAACCCUUGAGAGAAAAGAGAUGUUACUUCCAGUACCACCUGUGGAAGGGUUUGAGUUUCUAGAUGGUUUUGAGCCUUUCUUUUUUGAGCCAGAUCAUAUUGACACUCCAGAGGAAUCCUUCCUUAUGUUCUUGGAGACAAUUUAGUGUGAAGCCUACGAAAUUUAGUGAAUAAAUGUUUUGAGCAGUGA